AUGGGUUGUCUUCCAUGUUUUACUUCCUCAGAAAAUAAGGCAGCUAAAAGGCAAAAUAGUUCCUGCAGAAAUGGUCAGAUUUGUGAUAAUUAUUCUUCUCCAGUUCAAGCUUUCCUUCCCCCUGAGUAUAUUCCUAAACCGAAGCUUUCAGAAACUACUGGCCAUGGCAACAUUGCAGCCGAAACUUUCACCUUCCGGCAAUUGGCAACGGCGACCCGGAACUUUAGACAAGAAUGUUUGAUCGGGGAAGGCGGAUUCGGUCGAGUUUACAAAGGAAAGCUUGAUCGAACUGGCCAGGUUGUAGCUGUAAAGCAGCUUGACAGAAAUGGAUUGCAAGGAAACAGGGAAUUUCUUGUUGAGGUUUUGAUGCUGAGCCUGUUGCACCAUCCCAACCUGGUCAAGCUCAUCGGAUAUUGCUCCGAUGGCGACCAGAGGCUUUUGGUUUACGAGUACAUGGCAUUGGGAUCUGUUGAGGAUCAUCUUCUCGAUAUUAGCCCAGGCCAGAAGCCAUUGGACUGGUAUGCCAGAAUGAAAAUAGCGGUAGAUGCCGCUAAAGGCCUUGAAUAUUUGCACGAUCAGGCGAAUCCUCCGGUCAUCUACCGCGAUUUGAAGUCCUCGAACAUCUUGCUGGAUGAAGAUCUCAAUGCCAAACUGUCCGAUUUCGGGUUAGCAAAAGUUGGACCUCUAGGGGACAAUACACAUGUAUCUUCCAGGGUCAUGGGAACAUAUGGAUAUUGUGCCCCAGAGUAUCAAAGAACAGGACAAUUAACGGUGAAAUCCGAUCUUUAUAGUUUCGGAGUCGUUUUGUUGGAGUUGAUCACUGGAAGGAGAGCCAUCGACACCACGAGACCGAACAAAGAACAGAAUCUAGUAAUAUGGGCUCAACCAAUGUUCAAGGACCCAAGUAGGUUCCCGGAACUCGUCGAUACCCUUCUCAGUGGCAAUUUCCCCGUACUAGGUUUGCGGCAAGCCGUGGCAGUGGCGGCCAUGUGCUUACAAGAGGAAGCCGAGGUACGCCCCUUGAUUAGAGAUGUGGUUGGCGCUCUGAGUUGCCUUGCAAAUGAUCCAGAUGAAAACACAAAAACAGACUCGGCUGCUUCCUGUUCGGCUUCUGUGGAAUCCGACGGUGAAAGUUAUGACGAUGAAUUUAGCAGGGAAGAACGGCAACGAGCGGUGGCGGAAGCCAUUGAAUGGGGUUAA